UGUUUCGUGCAGGCGGACAAUGCGCUGAAGUGAAGCAGCAGCUGCGUGUACAACACAUACAGUAGAGCGGGGCCUGUCAGCCUGCCAGAGCUGCUGUGGGUCACGAUGGCAGGGAUGUAAAGCGCCUUUUUCUACAUGUUAUCGACACGCCGAGGGAAUCUUGAAAAAUGGAGGGAGGAAAUUUUGGUUACUCCCGAGACUAUCUUGACCGCUUCAUCCAAAGCCAGGACUCAUCUGUGGUGAACAAGUUCCAGCAGAAGUACUGGAAAACCAAACAGACGCUCAUCAAGGUCACUGGGAAGAAAGAGGAUGAACAUGUGGUGGCAUCGGACGCAGAUCUGGAUGCCAAGCUGGAGGUCUUCCACUCCAUCCAGAGAACCUGCAUGGAGCUGCUGAAGGUCAUCGAGCAGUACCAGAGGAGGAUCUGCUUUCUUUCCCAGGAGGAGAAUGAGCUUGGUCGCUUUCUGCGCUCCCAAGGCUCACAGGAUAAAACCAGGGCUGGAAAGAUCAUGCAAGCUACAGGGAAAGCGCUCUGCUUCUCCUCCCAGCAGCGAUUGGCUCUGAGGAACCCUCUGUGCCGUUUGUACCAGGAGGUGGAAACAUUUCGUUAUAGAGCCAUCUCCGACACUUGGCUGACGGUGAACAGAAUGGAGCAAUCCAGGACUGAAUACCGAGGAGCGCUGCUUUGGAUGAAGGACAUAUCUCAGGAGCUCGAUCCAGAUACGCAUAAGCAGAUGGAGAAAUUCCGCAAGGUUCAGGCCCAGGUGCGCACAACCAAAACAAGCUUUGACAAACUGAAGAAUGACGUGUGCCAGAAAGUCGACCUGCUGGGUGCGAGUCGCUGCAACCUCCUCUCUCAUGUCUUAACCACAUACCAGACAACACUUUUACACUUCUGGGAGAAGACAUCCCACACUAUGGCAGCCAUUCAUGAGAGCUUCAAGGGCAGUCAGCAUUACGAGUUCUCCACAAUUAAGACCUUACAAGACCCCAUGGACAAGCUAGCUAAAAAGAAGGGGAAGAAGAAAACCAAAGCAGAGUCAGAAGAUGGAAAGAAAGCUGAAACCACAGACAACCAGCUCAUCUCACUUCAAAUAAAUGAAAAUGAAAACACCCGCGAUAAGACAAGAGAAGAUCUUCUCUCUGCUGAUCCAGAGGUGGAAGGAGAGGAGAAGGACAGCAUGGCCUUACUCAACGAGAUCCUUGGCGGUUUGUCUGUGGACGACAGCGACUUUUCUCGUGAGUGGACGGAAGUGUUCGGAGAGACUGAGGAGGGAACAAGCGCGGCAUCCGGUAGACCAGCAGAGAGCCAGCAAAAGGAAAACUCAUUCUUUCUGCCAUCGCAGCUGUUGGACCAGAGCUUGAAUAAUCUGCAGUCUUCCGUCUCAGAUUGGGCCGGGAUCAUUCCACAGCCCGUCACCCAGGCAACAGAGCACUCAUCUGGAUCCAAUCAGAAUCCUUCUAAGCCAGCAGUAAAAGAUGCAACAGGGACUUCCAAAGAUCUCUCAGCUUGGUUCAACCUCUUUGCUGACUUGGACCCCCUCUCCAAUCCAGAUGCAGUCGGCAAAGCAGACACCCAGCACGAACUUCACAACGCAUAGUUUGCCCCGAGCAUCAUGUGAUCUCUUUUAAAACGGAAACAUUUGGAAGGGAUACAGCUGCAUAUUGCUGCCACUGGGAUGAGAAAGAAAAUCUGAUUAGACCCACAAUCAACAGGCCUCAUGCAACAAUAACUCAUACAAACAGAUUCAAAGAUGUCUGAUACAGAAGUGGCAUAAGAGUAGUUUCAGGUCCUUCAGAUUUCUUUUUGGUACAAACUAAAUUUACAACUGAUAGGUAGGUAGGCAGAUUGUCUAACUCCCUCCACGACCAGACAACAACACACACUUGCUUGACUUCAUUACAUUUCCUCAAUCCUUUGAACCCCGAACCACAGAUCCAGAAAGUGAACAGAAAACAAAAUCCCCAGAUUGGGGUGCAGAAGGUUAAUACGGACCAAUUUAGAAUUCAAACAUGAUACUUAAUUUAUCAUGGCUUUAAAUGAUUUGAGUUUUUCCUGUAGAUUGCAUGAUUUUAUUGGCAUAUUUUGACACAGCAGCUCAGGAGUUAGAGAAACUGUCCCUCUGAAAGCUGCCUCAAGGUGUCCAGUUUCAUUCUGUUGCAGCACUCCAGUAUUCAUCUGUUGGUGACAUUCAGGUCCUCUUGAUUGACUCUUAUGUCUCUUGCGACGUGCUGCUCUGAUGAAACUUCAUCGGCAGCUGUAACAGUAAUAUAUAUGACAACAAAUGUUGCUUAAUGUGUCGAAGUAAAAUUGAAUCCAGAAAUUAUUCUUUUAACGAUAAAAAAAAGGAUCUUGGUGUUAAAAGACAACAAUGUGUCUAAACCUAGAAAUCAGAAUAUAUCUCAUGGUGGCAGUAUUAUGCUGCUGUAAAUGUCCCACUAACAACUAUCAGACUUCUUGUGAACAAAGAGAAACAUUUACAAGAUGACCGUAUUAAGCCUGUUGGUUACUUCGCUGGGUUAAACAUUCAAUGUUUAGCAUGGAUACCUCAGUAUGAGUUUGGAACAAUAAGCCUUUGACGUUCGCUGCCUUGGAAUUCUGUAGUCUCUCGUAGCAUUCAUGCUUUAUUUUCCAAUUCUCAUUACUGAAGAUUGCAAACAGGGAAAACUACUUUACAGCGGAAAGAAAGCAAACAUGACAAAGAUCUCAGCGCAGUCGCUCGUGUGUUUACAAAGGAGUGCAACAAGUUGACUGGAGGAAUUUUAAUGCAGUCAAAGAUAAUUAUUCAAAAAUAAACUGGCAUAUUUCCCUUUCAUUGAUCUAUUCAACACUCCAAACUGAAUUACACCACAUUUGAAAGGGUGAACUUUAUCCAUCAGGAAGUUACUUUCUUUCAUCAGCAAAGAAGUUUCCUUUAAAAAAAAAAAAAAAGCUACAUGCUUUCAAAUUUGUUUGGUACAUGCAAUAUUUGUGAUCCCCUUUUAAAUAUAUUGCAGAAGUGUGUGGAUUUGUCUUCAAGUAAAACACACACCUGCCAUCUAUUACUGCAUGUUGCAUGCCUUGUUUUAUGUCAUCCAGUAAAUGUGACUGAAUGGACAAGGUUUUACAUUGAGAUUUUUUUUUUUUUUUUUUUUUUU